GAAAAAUUCAAAUAAAGCCUCCCUUACUUCCUUCUUUCCCUUCACGGCCACUGUCCAUUCCACCCCGGGCGGCCGUCCUCCACCUAAGCCACCAUUCCAAUCUCUAAAUCCCAAUUUUGGCCUCCAAAACCCCAACGUUCUGCAAUUCAUCUUAGCCCUAACAACCCAAAUCCAACCACAACAGGUACUCUAAUCCAAGCAGCUGCCACAGUCAGCCUUAGAAACAGAGAGACACCACACUGCCUCUGGCGUAGUCCCGAAGAAGGUUCGGGAAAGAGCCGACCAGGCCGUGAAGCAGGCGUGGCGCGAGCUUAUUGCGCCCAGAAAGAGUGUUACGGCUUGGAAAGUUUCUCAGGCAGCGCCCCACCGGCAGUCCCGGUGGCGCUCCAAGCUGAUUCUUGGAGCUCGUUGGGAUUGGAUAUGCACCGGACUCCGUCUCUUCAAAAGGCUAUAAGCAUUGAGGAAGGGGAUGUAUCAUGAUUUUGUCCCAAAUCAGUGAACACUGCUCAUAAAUUACCACCUCUGAUAUCUAAUCUGUUGGUUCAAAGGCACAUUGUUGAUUAUUAUGACCUGGCAAAACUUCAUUAGUAUAGUAUAAAUUAUUUAUAACUCUUAGGCCUUAACAGUAAAGGAGUUGGCCUUUUAGUGGUCGUGGAGCUGAUAUAUUGCUUCGCGGACUGUGCCAGUACUUAUUAUUAUUGCCCUUCUGCUAUUUUUUGAGUGGAUGCAACGAGCUGAGACUGUGUUAUGCUACAUGAAGUAUGCUUGUUACUUGGCAUAGUGGAGUGGAUACAGAAUUUUGCUGCAUUUUGUUCCACUGAUAUCAGUAACAUCUUUCUGUCCUCUGAGGGAUUAGGGAUGAAAACUGGCAGGUCUGAGUUAAAAACAAGGUCAAACUGUAUGCAAAAUACAAUAGGUAGGCUUUCCUAUGCAGAGAAAGAAAACAAAGUAUUUGAUAGGACAUACAAGCAACCCGAAGUUUGUCACAUGAUUGAUGGUGCAGAAGUUUCUGCGGAGACAUUGGGCAAUAAGAACAGAAAACAAUCAUCUAGAGUUGAUGAACAGAAAGAUGUGGCCUUGGUUAUUGAGUCAAUCAGGCGAGAUGAGUUCCAUCUGGAUCCAAAUCUGUCAGAUAUGGAGAGCAGAAUGUUAAAUAAGCAGCAUGCUUGCAUCGGGAGAGCACUCCAUUUUCUUUCUAAGGAGUUAUGCUCUCAGGACUCACAUUUUCUUCUGGAGCUUGUUGAAAAUGCUGAUGAUAAUGUCUAUUCUGAAACUGUGGAACCAACUCUAACAUCUAUUCUUCAAGAGCCGGGUAUAAUUCUUUUCAAUAACGAACAAGGCUUUUCUGCUCAGAACAUCAGAGCUCUUUGUGAUUCUGGAAGCUCGACCAAAAAAGUAUCUGUUGGAUGUGUAGGAAAGAAAGGCAUUGGCUUCAAAUCUGUGUUUCAGGUUACAGAUGCUCCUGAGAUUCAUUCCAAUGGGUUUCCUGUCAAGUUUGAUAUAAGUGAUGGUUGGGAUAUUAAGAUUUCAACAAUAUGUCAAAUGAUCUGAUUUUUUGGUAUAAUACUUACUGAUUGGGGGUAAGUUUUGGAAUUUUAAUUUAAUCAGGCUUUGUGGAAAAGCUUAGCUGUGGAUAUGACUGUGCAUAGAGGGAGAGAGGGAGAGGGAGGAGCAGAAGCUUUAUCAACUUUGUAGUUGCAUUAUUUUUUUAUUCCGAACACUUGCACAUGCAGUCUUAGAUAGUAGAAGAGAGAGAGAGAGAGGGAGAGAGAGAGAGAGACUGCGAUACAUAUUUGCAUUGACACUGGCAAAUAAUUUUGAUCUACAUAGACAAUGGACAAGUUACAGACUCAGAUCUGACACUUGCACUGGAUUCCUAGUUUAGUUUCCUAUCUUUUUAAUUUUAGGUGGUACAUGUUUGAGGGAUCAGUUGCAUUUUUAUCUCUCUUGAGUACUUAUUUCUUUCCUGAAUGUUAUCUGCAUGAGGCUGGACGUUGAGGGUUUUUCUUUUAAUCUCACUGUAAUAUGAGGUGCAUUUCAUGGACUUUUAUUUUAUGCAUAGGUUCUGCAAAGAAUGCUCUUCUUUGGCAAGUCAACAGCUUAGAAGAAGAAGAAAAUGAAGUCAAUUCUUCUUUGUCUCCUUUUAUUAGAUUUCUAAACGUUGCUGUGAGUCUACUGUGCUUAGUUGGUUGAAAUAAGUUGUUAUUUACCUAAGUGCUAAAUUGCAGCAGAAUCUAGUAAAUGCUCCUUGAAUCCUUUCGAUAUCUUCUUUUGAGCACUUGGUAACUUGAAGAGCAUGAGCAUAUGAGAUAAGAUUGUUUACUUUCAAUAGUGUAUUAAAGCAUAAUCCUGUUUUUACCUUCUUCGGGGAAAAAUGUUUUUCAGUACAGUUGAGGCAUUAGUGCUAAGUUGGAGCAGAAUUUAGUAAAGGUUCCUUUGACCCCUUCAGUUGAGGCACCUUUAUUGAGACACCCACCUUGAGUGCCUCGGGUGUGCACCUUGAAAGGUAGUAGGCACAAAAAGGCUCAAGCGGUAAGGGUGGGAUGGGGUUGGUAGAAUCUUAGAUUUGAGCUGUAAUAGUCUUCCUUGUACCAGAAAAAGUAAAAAGGUAUGCCUCAAUUAAGUGGCCCCAUUUUUUUAAGAGUUUUUUAAUUGUAUGAGCUGUAUUUUCAAUAGGCAUAAAAGGUCAAUAAAUGUGUUUUUUCAAGAAUAAGGAAAGGAUAGUCUUGUCCAUAUGUUAUCCAUAUGUAACUAGACAUUUUCGGUUGCCAUCUUUUCAAAUAAACUUUGUAAAAUUGAAAUUAUAGGAUAGUACACUGUGUCUGGCUGUUUAAAUUAUUCGGUUUCCUAUUAGUUACCCUAUGUGAUUCCUUGUUUUAAGUAUAUAUGCAACUUAAAGAGGGAUUUUCUCAUUAUUGAUUUGCUUACUUAUAUCU